AUCUCCUACUUCCAUCAUCACCAACAAAGCUUUUAAAAAACCUUACAAUCAUGUCGUUUGUACCUUCAAACUCCUCCACUGCUUUCGCUUAUAGCGACCUUCCAACAUCUGGGGUCUAUGGCAUCAUCGAGGCCAUGCCCGGAGUCCGCAACAUGCUCAAGUAUUGUCAGCUCAAGCCAGGGGAGAAUGUAGUCAUCCUUCUUGAACACACAGUUGAUCCAGUCGUGGUGCAAGCAAUCGCGGCUGGCGUGGUAUACCACGGCGGCCACGUCCAAAUUCUCUCUGUUGCACCCUUUGCAAUCGGUGGUAUGAAGACGGCAAACGCUCCAGGCUUGCUCUCAAAGCUUCUCGAGACUGCCGAUCUUGUCAUAUCUUGCUCUUGGUGGGGCGAAGUGCAUUCCGACACCCUGUUUUUUGACAAGAUCGCCAGUUCCAAAUGUCGAGUCCUCUCUUUGCACAUGUCCGCAACUGUCUCAGCCUUGGCAACUGGUGCUCGCUUCCCCUACAACGUAUACGAGUUGAUGGAGUCAAAGAUGUAUUCGAUGCUCGAGGCGGCGACCGAGGUCCGACUCACGACACGUCAGGGCACAGAUCUUACAUUCAAGCACCCCAAGAUCUCGGGAGGUGGUCCCUUGAGAGCCGGAAUGUGGCGCCCAUUCCCAUAUGGCGGUGCGAACUUCUACUCUUCCGAGGUGAACGGUAUCAUUGUGUGCGUAGACUCCACCGUGACGGGUAUACCUGAAGCCCCUGUCAACAUCACCAUCAAGGGCGGAAUCGUCACGGCUAUCGAGGGCGACGAGGAAGGAGUCCGAAACACCCGAGCCUUUAGUCCCACCGGGUCCUAUCUUCGUCAUGCGCUGAUUGGUCUGAAUCCCAAGGUGAGGGUUGCUGGCGGUACGCAGUUUGAGAGGGAGAAGCACUCAGGCUCGUUCUACCUUGGUCUUGAUGGCUUGAUACAAGGCAGACCAAGGCUCGAUACGCCUGGUCACGCGCACAACGACAUCCAGUUCGAUUAUCCAACCGUCUGUUUCGAUGGCAAGGUUGUUGUUGACAAGGUCGAUAGCACCUCUUGUAAAAGAUGCUUGGAGACGCACUGUCCCUGUAUUUACGAGGAGACAUCCAGUGAAUAUCAGAGGGGCCGGGCUGCUGGAGCUAAAAGGAAGGAGCCGGCCUCUCCGGAACGACUACACUCGGCCACUCGGCAUCAAAACCGUCGUCCAUCACCUUUGCAAGAUAAUGAGUUGCUUACUCGAUGCACACCGCCUCGCAGCGCGGUACGAGAAGUGGGAAGGCAAUCUGGAUCACCAUCCCAAACAAGUCAAGAGAACAUAGGUUCAGGGAUCAUUCGACCAGCAGUAGAAUCCGAGGCGCAGUCACAGAGUCUACUUCAUCACUUCUUCACUGUCAUGACUGAUCCCCCUCUCAUUUCACCCUCAACAGACGGCGAUAGACAGAAGCCUACACUGCGACUGGCUGUUCUUGCUACCGCCGCCUCCAGCCUCAAUAUGAAAUUGUUUGCGGAGAUGGAUACUCGACUAAGGCACACACUAGCCGAAGUCGUUAUGGUUACUGGACAGAAGAGCAUCGAACUCGUGCAAGCCUUGACAUUAGCUGUGGCAUUCUAUGCGGCCAAUGAGCCACUCCACAAGGUCAGAAUCUUGGGCCUGGCGGCGCAGGCAGAUUCCAUGAGCUCUGACCUGGGUUUGUAUGAAAUCAGCUGUCAGUUCCAUACUGAUACUGGUGAAUGUACAAGUUCAGAUGAGCAACAGUGCAUCUGGACACUUGCAGGAGCAAGGAUUAACGCGAUGGAGUGUUAUGACGCGAUGUGCACAACCCUUGCAUGUCUCUGGGCUGUAAACAGUGUCAGGGUUCUCUUCCAGCGGCCUUUGUUACCACAAUACCCACCCUGCACAAGAUCAUAUGUUACCAUCUUGGCCUCCUCUACUAUUGCACACUACCAGCAAAUAGCGGCAUGGACCGAGUUGGAGAUGAUUGCUGUUGCGGCUAUGGCAAGCCCAGUCAGUAACUCGUCUCACUUGCCAGAGAAUGAAAAUUCAAUAAGAACUGAGCUGGUGUCAACGCUGGAUAAUUGGAACAAGACAUAUACCCGUUUCCUUGAAUGUAGCAAGAUAUUGCUAUUGCACUAUUCCGCUGUGCGAACGCGCUUGCUUGAGCCAAAUUUAGGUUACCUGCGGAAUGACAAGUGCCCUAAUCCUCCUUUCGACGAGUGUGUUCUUGGAGGGGAACACCUGUCAAUGAUGAGGCAAGAGACACAACAGGUGUCCCAUCGUCUGGAUAUCUCACUAAUACACGACGGACUAAAUAACGCCUUAAGCCUAUCCACCGAUGAUGUGAGGGCCCAGGGCAUUAUAUUCUUCACAGACAUAUGCUAUCUCUUCAGUGUCUUGAUCAACGACUAUCUUUCUCAGACCUUGCGGAACAUAUCUGACUCUCACGCAAGGCAAAGAACGGUUCUAUGCGAUCUUCUCAAUCGAGCCACGGCGCUACUCGACAGUGCCACGGCUGAGCAUUCGAACAGGUUGCAUUGCAAUGCUAGAACCUUUCGAAACGUUUUAAUGAGACUACGUACCAAGCUGGACAAGACGGAAGUUACUAUUGCAAGACAGGUUCGAUACGAGGCGAAAGACGUGGAGCAAAUGGUGGAUUCCAUCUAUAAGGAGAGGCAAAGCCAGGCUUCAACUAUGUUGCCCAUUACAAACUCAACACGUGACAGUGGGAAUGUGUCGGGGCAAGAGGAGGGGGUCUUUGACAUUAUGUUCAAUGGUUCUAUGGCUUCCACAAUGCCUGAUAUGUCAGAUGAUGUCCUUGGAGAGGUAAUAAUGCCACUAUUAGCUUCAGAGCACUUUAAUGCCUUUGACUUUGAGGAGUUAUUUUAAAAUAAGACGAUAGCUGAAUUUAAAUAUUGAGUUAUAAUGUAUUAAAUAGAUAUAUAAUGGAGACAAGUCUUGUAUUGAAUGAUAAUUCAAGAUAAGAAUAUA